AAUCUGAUGUUUAUCAGUAUUAUAUAAAAGAAAGCGUCAUUUUUCUAUUGAAUUCUGUCAAAUAGGAUGUUUGUUAAGUGGGAGAAAGUGAACACAGAAAGCAGAACAGCAUGGACAUACAUACAAGAGAUUUAUAAAAAAUGACUGAGUGAGUGAAUACACCUAACCACCAUCAGAGACAGAGUAGAUAGCCGUUGCCCCUACUUACUAUGGGAUGCGCUGGCAUCCAAGUUUGAAACAGCGGAAAGAUAGAAGAGCAAUGCUCUUUCCAUGCCCUUUUAAAACCAAAUGACCGUUGCAAACUCAAGUCUCAUAAUACCCGCAUCCCUAGGAACAAGGAAUCCAAACCAAGAAGACGCUCCCCCGCUCCUCCCUGACUCUCGCUCGCAAGCAGGCAUACAGUAAAAAAACACAGAGAAGAAGAAGAAGAAGAACAUGGCCAAAAAGAAGCCGGCUUUUACUUUUAGUGAGGAAGGGAUGACCAUUGACGAGGGCUUGGGGUACCCAAAAGCCUACGCGAAGCUAUGCCGAAGCCACAAUGCAUUCGAGCCCUACAGCCAAGGUCCUCCUUCCAUCUUCGUUCCCUACACUUUGCAGCCUCAAGAGGCAUUGAGAGCUAAAGAUUUGAACCAGAUGUUUCCAGUUCUGGACCCAGACGCAGUCCCUUGUAUGAAUCCCAGAGGUUAUGUCAACAUCCUAUGGAAGCAACUGGACCAUCUCGGGAAUGCUGGGUUUGAUCCUGCUUUGUUUCGAGUGGAUCAGUUCGGUAAUGUUCUCUACUUGCAUGCGGAUGAUGCGUCUCCCCUUGCUUGGGAUAUUGAUCACUGGUUCCCUUGCUCAAGAGGUGGGAAAACAGUGCCAAGCAAUCUGAGGAUUUUGCAAUGGCAAGUGUGCAGAAAGAAGCAAAGCAAGCUCGAUUUCCUCAUCCCAUGGUGGGAUUUUCAGUUGGGCAUCUCAGUGAACCAGUUUCUAUCCAUAUUCGCAUCCAAGAAGACAGAAUUCAGGAAUAGAGCGUUUUCCUUUUUGUUCCCUGGUGGUGGAAGUGAGGAGUUGAAUGCAUUGCAGACCAUAGAGUCCCACAGUUUCCCACAGCAUUUCAUUGAGAUGCAACAGCAAAUGGGGCUUGCUCCAGCUGCCCUUGUUCCAUCACAAGGAAGUCUUCAUGCAUCAGUGCUUAGGCCCCUGGAUUUUAAUAGAUCUCUCAAGUCUGGCUCUGGAUCUUCUUUAUCAGCUGCUAGGAGAUUCUCAGUAGAAGAUGAUGAUGAUGGGCAAAGCAUGGCGAUUCCAAGAUUUGGACCAUUUCCUAAUUCCAAGGAAAAUGAUAAGCCUGAGACCAAUCCUUAUCUUUCCAUUGCAAUGGCCAGAGAUUCACUGAGACAGAGAGAUGAAGCCAAGAAGAAGCAAGCUGAGAUAAACCAGUUGGAUGGUGAACUAAAUGAAAUGAAGCAGAAAAAUGAAACAGAAAGGGUAGCUCUGCAAGACUUGGAACAACUGCUGAUCAAGAAGAGGCGAAGAGUUGAGAAGUGCAGGAGAUUAGCUGAGGCGCAAUCUUCUUAUAGGGCAUUACUCGAAAAAAUGAUAAGAGAUGCCAUGCACAAGUCUGUUCUUUACAAGGAGCAACUUAGAUUGAACCAGGCUGCGACCAGCACACUCAUGGCGAGGUUGGAGGCGCAAAGAGAAAUCUGCGACUCUUCUGAACAAGAGCUCAACAAAAGAUACAAUCACAGAGAUGAAAUAGAGAAGCAAAUUAGACCAAGAAGGGAACAUGCACGAAAAAGGUCAAGAACUGAUGAUACGUUAAUAGAAGAGAGAAAUGAUGAGUUACUGAGUAUGUCAAACCCUUUGAGGAAGGAGCUUAGAAAAUUUUUAGAGGAAGAGCAAAAGGCUUCUGAAGCUGGCUCAUCUUUCACUGAAGGAAGAGAAUCAGAGCAGAUGGAGACCUCAGGCACCAUCAAAGAAGCAGAAGGAAAUCUCAAGCCACUCAAAUGUAAGAUCAUGAAGAAGAAGAUGAAUUCAUCUACUGGAAGCCAACAUGAUGAAGAUGACGAAAUAUACAACAGCACUGCAAUAAUUGUCAGGGAAGCCAAAUAUGACCGGAAGGGCUCGCCUUCUAUUCAAAGAUCUUGGGAAGGCAAAGAGGAACAGAUGGCAGUAAUACUCAGAGAACCAGCAGUACAUGAUGGAAGUUCCAGUGAGGGUAAUGGACUCGAAAAAAAUCGAUUUUGCAAAGCCCCAUAUGAAGCAAAUAUUACUGAGGAUGAAAAAUCACUCAAGGAGAAGCUUGAGAGAGUUACCAUUAGAGAGGAGAGACAUUGCGGCAAGACCAAGAAGAAAUCGGAGAAGAGUUUCUGUCCUCAAAGCCCACAUGAGGAAGAUGACAAUGCACACCAUCAUCAAGUAGGAAAAGGGAACAUAGAGAAGUGGCUUAAGCAGUUGUUGGAGAAUGCCCAUGAGGAAAAUAGCCCGUCCAUGGAUUCACCACCACCUGAUCCUCACGUGCAAAACUAUGCAAACUCAAAGAACAAGAUCAGAGUUCCAACUAAGCCACUCGAUGAAAAAACAGCUUUUGAUCUAAAGCAUGUUGAAGGGAAUGGCCUUAGAAGAGAAUGCAAUAAUGACAACAACUUGCUUGAGAAGAGUAAACACACUAGUGGAGUUGGCAGUAUCAGUGCUCGCAGAGGACUAGGCAACAGGAGAAGUAGCAUGGAUGGAAGAGGUAGAGAGGAGAGAAAUGGAGGUGUUUCAACUUGUGAGAGCUCCAGGGGAUUCAUGUCCUUCCCUUCAUCACCUUCUGUGAUUUUAAGUAUGAGAAAGGGUGUUGAUUGUAUGGGCAGAAAGCCAAAGGUGAUGGGUGAUUAAGAAGAAGACUCCAGUGGGGAUUUUUUAGGCAGCAGCACAUUUAUCAAGCCCUGGCCUAAGGCUUUCAAUAAAUAGUAGUCCUGGAUCAAAUUUGCUGCGCAGAUUUGUUGUUCAUUCUUUCUAAAUUUGGACAUGUAUGUUUGGGUGAAGUUUGUUAAGUACUAUGAAUUGAUUCGUGUGUGUGUGUGUGUGUGUGUGUGUUCAAGGAUGUAUAAUUUGGAAUCAGAGGCACCAAAUUAUACAUAGUAGUUAUUUACCUCUGGGAAAAUAACUGCUUGUUGUGUUCAAAGAAAUUGAGCUUUGUUGUAAAUGGCUAUAGUAUUAUUAUCAUUGAUUGGCUAGAAGCUACAAUUGAGUCUGAA